AUGGCCCGCCAACUGCUCAAGGCCGUUGCCGCUGCGGCCCUUAUCCUCGGCGUAUCGGCCAUUGAACGGGAACCGCACCAGCCCAACGGAGGCGGUGAUCGCCUAGUGACCUGGAACGAGACAGUCAUCUCCCCGCGGUUCGGUGCCAGCUCGCGAUCCGUCAGCUGGCUCUCGGGUGUGGAAGACGGCCGCUUCAUCUACCUCUCCAACAACAACCUCGUCAUCGAGGACAUUGUCUCUGGCGUAAACGAGACCUUCGUUCCCGCCGACAAGAUCCCCGCCGGUUUCACCGAGUACUGGAUCCGCCCGGAUUUGAAAAAGGUUCUCUUCGCCACCAAUUACACCAAGCAGUACCGCUAUUCAUACUUUGCCGACUACUCCAUUCUCGACGUUGAGUCUGGCCUCAUCGAGCCACUCGUCGAGGAUCAAGUCGGAGACAUUCAAUAUGCCGAGUUUGCGCCCGUAGGAGAUGCAAUUGCUUUUGUACGCAACAACAACAUGUUCCUCAGCAAGAACGGCACAGUUUCCCAGAUCACUAGUGAUGGAGGUCCGGAUCUCUUCCACGGUGUUCCCGACUGGGUAUACGAGGAGGAAAUCUUUGGCAGCAGAAGCACCUUCUGGUUCUCCCCCGAUGGCGAGUACAUUGCCUAUCUCAGCUUCAACGAGACGGGCGUCGAGACCUUCACUAUCCCCUACUACUUGGGUGGCCAAGACAUCGCGCCCCCGUAUCCCGUCGAGUUGGACCUGCGCUAUCCCAAGGUCGGCAGCAAGAACCCGACAGUGGCGCUGACGCUUCUGGAUGUCGAGACCGAGGAGGCCACUCCCGUGGACAUUGACGCAUUCCCCGCUGAUGACCUGGUCGUCGGUGAGGUCAAAUGGUUGACUACCAACCAUGCCAGCUUCGCCUACCGCGCCUUCAACCGCGUCCAGGACCAGGAGAAGCUCGUCCGCGUCGAUGUCGAGGGCUACGCGUCCGAGGUCAUUCGAGACCGCGAUGGCUCCGACGGAUGGCUGGACAACAACCUAGGUAUCGAGUACAUUGGUCCCCUGCAAAACUCGACGGACGCCUACUUCUUGGACCUUUCCGACGAGUCCGGGUGGAACCACCUGUCCCUCUACCCCGUCAACGGCGGCAACCCUAUUCCUCUGACCAGCGGCGAAUGGGAGGUAACCUCGGUGCUCAAGAUCGACACCGCGCGCCACCUCAUCUACUACCUGUCCACCGAACACCACAGCACCGAGCGACAUCUCUACUCCGUUUCGUACCCUUCCGGGCGCAAGAAGGCUCUUGUCGACGACACCGUCGCGGGCUACUGGAGCGCCUCCUUCUCAUCAUCGGCCGGCUACUACAUCCUGACCUACCAAGGCCCCAACGUCCCCUACCAGGAGCUCUACGCCAUCAACUCCACAACGCCAGUCCGCACCAUCACCACCAACGAGGCCCUCGUCGCCCGUCUCCAGGACUACAAGCUCCCCAACAUCACCUACUUUGAGCUCGAGCACCCAGACGGCUACUCCCUCAACGUCAUGCAGCGUCUCCCCGCCAACUUUGACCCGGCCAAGAAGUACCCCGCCCUCUUCACCCCCUACGGCGGCCCCGGCGCACAAGAGGUCACCAAACGCUACCAGUCCAUCAACUGGCGCGCCUUCAUCGCCUCCGACCCGGAACUCGAGUACAUCACCUACACCGUAGACAACCGCGGCACAGGCUACAAAGGCCGCGCCUUCCGCGCCACCGUCACUGGUCACCUCGGCCGCCUGGAGCCCCUCGACCAGAUCUGGGCCGCCGAGCAGCUCUCUUCGCAAAACGCCUUUGUCGACGCCGCCAAGAUUGGCAUCUUUGGCUGGUCCUACGGUGGCUUCCUCGCGGCCAAGGUUCUCGAGGCCGACUCGGGCGUCUUCUCCUCGGGCCUCAUCGUCGCCCCCGUCAGCGACUGGCGCUUCUACGACUCGCUGUACACGGAGCGCUACAUGAAGACGCUCGCCGCCAACGAGGCGGGCUACAACGAGACGGCCGUCCGCAACGCCGACGGGUUCAAGAACCUGGCGGGCGAGUUUACCAUUCUCCACGGCACGGGCGACGAUAAUGUGCACUACCAGAACGCGGCGGCGCUCAUUGACCUCCUCGUUGGCGCCGGCGUCCCCGUGUCCAAGAUGAAGUGGCUUAGUUUCACGGACAGCGAUCACAGCAUUGCAUAUAACGGUGCCAACAUUUGGCUGUACAAGUAUUUGACGGAGGCGCUGUUCAGGGAGAAGCGGCGGUCUGGGGAUCCGCUGGUUCACCAGUGGAGUAAGAAGAGCGUGCCCGAGACGUUUAACUUUGGGAGGUCUUAG